AAGCUGCCCAGGACCUACGACUUCACCGUAACCUCCUUCCUCCAUCUUCAAUCAAUCCAUAAAAAAUCAACAAAAACAUCCCGAAAAUCCAGGUUAAAUCCAGGAUAGCAAGGUGACGAAAGCAGGCGAGCGGUAGCAGGAGUGUGAGCGAGAGCGUGCGACAGAGCGAGAGAGAGUGUGAGGGAGCCAGGAGCAGGCAAAGGAGCAGGAUCCACCAAAACACAACAAAAAAACACACACAAACAAACACAACAAAGAUGUCAUGGAGAUAUGCGCUUCUCACCGACAGAUACAGCAGCAGUAUUGGCGAUAGAUAUAGUCCCCACUAUUAUCAGUCGCCCAGCCGCUUGGAAUCCUCCGAACAGACCACAGGACGCCAAUUGCAGCGAGUCCUUCAUUAUUCGAUGGCUCCUAGCCGGGCGUUGCCAGGAUUAAGGCGUGCCGAGUGUGCCAUUCAUGAUGUUGACUGUGAUGAGGUCUACCCGGGCAUCUACAUUGGAGAUGCGGCGGCGGCCAAAAAUAAAACGUAUCUGAGAAUGAUGGGCAUUACACAUGUCCUGAAUGCGGCAGAGGGUUGUCGUUACGGCCAAGUGGACACUGGCCACAGUUAUUACAGGGAUAUGCCUAGCAUCAGACGCAACCAUAAGGACUGUGUUUUUAGGUAUAUGGGCUUCCCCAUGAUCGACGCCCCCACGACAGACAUCUCCCGGUACUUCUAUGUGGCCUCCAAAUUCAUCGACAGCGCCAUCAGCAGCGGUGGAAAAAUUCUGGUACACUGUUUGGUGGGAAUGUCGCGUUCGGCCACCUGUGUUCUGGCCUACCUGAUGAUUUGCCGGAAAAUGUCCGCCGUGGACGCGAUACGUACGGUCCGGAUGCGGCGUGAUAUUCGUCCCAACGACGGAUUCCUUCAGCAAUUGGCCGACUUGGAUAUGGAACUCAAACGCAAAAAUCUGUAUCCCUAUUAAAAAAAUGAAAUAUUUGGCUAAAAAAAGAAAUGAAACAAAAAAAACCAAAGAUCAAAAAGAGAGGGAAAAUCUAUAAGGGGUUUUAUUGGGGAGUGUGAUUUUUGAUUCCCCAUUGAUCACAAAAAUAUAAAGGAAGGGAACUUUGGAUCGCAACCAAAAAUGAAAAUUGAUCCAGCAAACUAACCAAAAAAUAAAUAAUAUUUAAAACAAGCGUUGUUCUGAACAAAAAAAAAAAAAAUAAAAUAAUAAGAUAUUAAAGCCUAAAAAGCUAACGACUUAUUAUGGUAACUUGGUCUUCUGAUAUAUAAAGAAAACGGUUCA